AUGUCGAAGGCACGAACAGUUGGGAUUGGCAUGGACUACUCACCCACAAGCAAAUCGGCUCUGAAGUGGACGAUCGAUAAUUUGAUAGAAGCUGGAGAUCGAAUCAUCAUAAUUCAUGUUCAAUCUCCGAAGGCUGAUCCUACCAACAAGCAGCUCUUUGCAGACACUGGAUCACCUUUGAUACCUCUUGAAGAGUUCAGAGAGAUUAGUGUGUCCAAGCAAUAUGGACUUACCCCUGAUCCUGAGGUUCUUGAUAGGCUUGAUACAGUUUCCAAAGCCAAAGGGGCAAAGGUAGUGGCGAAGGUAUACUGGGGGGAUCCAAGGGAGAAGCUGUGUGAUGCUGUGGAACUUCUCAAACUUGAUUCAAUUGUUGUGGGGAGCAGAGGCCUGGGAGUCAUUAAAAGGGUGUUGCUUGGGAGUGUCAGCAAUUAUGUGGUGCAAAAUGCAACAUGCCCUGUCACGGUGGUGAAGGGGACACUACCGCCGUCCAAGCCAACCAGGCAUGUGCUAAUUGAUUAG